CUCUGGGGAGGGCGCGCUCCGGGAGCUGGCCUGGUCCGGCCCGUCGGGAAGGCCCCCAAGUGGGCGUGUUUCACUCCAGGAUCCCCCGCAGGGCCGGGACCCAGUUGCCCGCUGACCGCCCCACACACCUCGUGAUUCCGUCGUGCUUUGCUUCUGCUUUUCCAGCGCGCGGGCCGUACCGUGGGUUGCGCACGGCUCUCCGCAGUCAGCGAGCGCGGUGUCUCGCGGUCCACAUCAGCCCCUGCCUCGAGCCGUGGCGCAGGCCAGCCCCGCAGGGUGCCCCACUUGAGUCACUCACGAUGCCCGAGGUGGUGGGGACAGGCAGCCUGGCCCAGUACUCCCCGUGCAUCACGGGCCCCCGCCUCCCUGGCCACCCCCUCCCUCCGCCGCGGGGGCGCGUGCCGGGGCUCCCCGGCCUGACCCCGGAAGCCUGUGCCAACGCCGCUUGCCUCCUCUGCAGCGUCAUCUGCGAACAGUUCCCAGGAAGCUCCAUCGACAGCUUGCCUGCGAGUGUUGGCUCACGAGGCUUCCUUCUACUCUCAGUUCCAGCUCCGUGACCCCUCCCUCCAUGAAGCUUUCCCCAGUUCAGCCUCAAGCAUACCCACACCAGGGUCCUCUCUGUCGUGGCCUCAGCCCCCUGGGCUGGGGCUGUCUGCCCACAGCUGCCCUACCUUGGCUGUGGCCUUGUGGCUGGCACCCUGACCCAUCCUUUCCUGCAGGUCCUCUUGGUGGCUCCAAGAAGAUUCCCGGCACAACAAUGCCAUCCCCACUGGGCCCCCCGAGUCUGCCCUCUGUGGACCCCGAGGCCAGCCCGGAGUAUCCCGAGGCAGCACGCCAGCGCUUCCGGGGCUUCUGCUACCAGGAGGCGGCAGGGCCCCGUGAAGCCCUGGCCCGGCUCCGGGAGCUGUGCCGCCAGUGGCUGCGGCCCGAGGUGCACUCCAAGGAGCAGAUGCUGGAGCUGCUGGUGCUGGAGCAGUUCCUGGGCGCGCUGCCCCCUGAGAUCCAGGCCUGGGUGCGGGGCCAGCAGCCAGGCAGCCCCGAGGAGGCCGCUGCCCUGGUCGAGGGGCUGCAGCAUGACCCUGGGCAGCUGCUGGGCUGGAUAACAACACAUGUCCUGAAGCGAGCGCUGCUUCCGGCCACACAGAAGACAGAGGAGUCUUUGGGGAGAUCCCACCCUUCAGGGCCAGUGGAGCCCCUCAGGGCAGCCUCUGGGGAGGGGUCGAAGGAUGUGCAGAUGGAGGGGAAUGCCCAGCUCAGCUGCAGCGUGAAGGAGGAGCCUGAUGGCUAUGGGCAGGAGAUGGCACCCUCCAGCCCCCCACAUCCAGCCCAGUCCCGCGACAGGCGCCCUGAACAACAGGACCCGACCUCUGUGCCCUUCCGGCCACCCAGGAUUCAGGAGGAGUGGGGGCUCCUGGACCCGUCACAGAAGGAGGUGUACUGGGACGCGAUGCUGGAGAAGUACGGCACGGUGGUCUCCCUGGGGUUGCCGCGCCCUCUGCCGGAGGCGCGCGCCGAGUCGGAGCCGGAGGCGCUGAGCCCCGAGGAUCCCAGCAGCCUCCGCGCGGGAGGAGGUGAGAGCGGGAGCUCUCGGGAGGCGCCGCGGCCGGCGCGGAGCAGGCCCUACACGUGCGCGCAGUGCGGCCGCGCCUUCGGCUGGAAGUCGGUGUUCGUGAUCCACCGCCGGGCGCACGCGGGCGGCGCGGCCGCCGAGAAGCCGCCGGCGGGGCCGCCCAGGCGCGCGCUGCCGGGCCCGCGCAGCUACGCCUGCGAGGAGUGCGGCCGCAGCUUCAGCUGGAAGUCGCAGCUGGUCAUCCACCGCAAGGGCCACGCCGGCCAGCGGCGCCACGUCUGCGGCGAGUGCGGCCACGGCUUCGACUGGAAGUCGCAGCUGGUCAUCCACCGCAAGAGCCACCGGCCCGAGGCCCCGUGAGCGCGGCCGGCGCGGCCCUGCCCGGCCCGGGGCCCGCCCGCCCUGCUGCGCCGCCGCGGCCUGGAGGCAGCGCAGAGCCCGCGAGGGUCCCCGCCGCUCAGCCUCGCCUCCGAAGCCGCUGCUCGCCCCUCGCCGGCCUCCCGCACCCCGCCUUUCGCAGAGAGAGCUCGGGGCGCCAGCCCGCGGCCGGCCCAGCUUUGGCCAGGGGACUUGCAAGCCCCCGCCUGUGACGUGGUGCUGCCCGCGGCUCUCCCUAGCGCCGGGACAGCGUGGCUCUGGUGACCAGGGCCCUUCCCGCUCCUCCUGCAGCAGCCGGGCCUGAGGUCUCCGCGUGGACGGUGUAGAAAGCCCAGGAGAGCGCGGCCGCCUUCUGUUUGCAGGCAGGUGGAAGGCUAACGUCUGUCCACUUGCGGUUUAGAUUUUUAACAAGUUCCAGUCUCGUACGGGAGACGCUUCUGCAUGAGAACCCUGGUUUCUGGUCCCUGCUGAUCAGAGGAGUGCACCUGCCCCUCUGGCCGGCAGCGGGAGCUGCAGAGCAGCUGUGCCCACGAGCCGGGUCGGUGUCUGGCCUACCCUGGCCACACACACCACUCCCUGGCCUUGUUGUCCUUCAAGCUCUCACGUUCCAGCCAGGAUGGACUUCAAGGGAACGUCUUUCCAAGUAUGGAUGGAUGCACAUGGGCUCCAAGAACAGAUGUCACUUAGGCCAUGCAUGCUGGCAGGUCAGGGUUGCGUCCCCACAGCCCACACGGUUGGUCACUGGGUCGUAAAGCAAGAGGGCGGAGGAUCAGCCGCCCGCUGCCCGUAGCCGUCCGUCUGGGUCCUGGGCGGUCACUCAGCACUUUGGCCAGUGCACUGUAGUACUUUCCUGUUGUCGCUCUCACAAACUCAGUGGCUUGGAACAACAGAAGUGUCUUGUCUAAGGACUCUGAGUCGAGUCUCCCUGGGCCCAAUCACGGUGUCCGCAGGGCUGCUGUCUCCUCAAGGCUCCAAGGGGGAAUCCACGUUAAGGCUUUCUCUGGUCCGUAGACGCUGCUGCAUUCCCUGGUCUCUGGUCCCUUCUCGCAUCUUCAAAGCCAGCAGUGGCUGGUUGAGUCUUGUGCUGCCGCCUCCUUGUCAGGACCCUCAGGGUUCUGUCUAGAGCUUCCCUGGUAACCCAUGAUGAUCCCCCCCAUCUCAGGACCGUGUCUCCUCCACGCCCCACCUACACGCCUGGUCUCAUCUGCAAAAUCCCUUUUACCCGUGAGAUAACAUUCCCAGGAUCCCGGGAUUAGGACAUGGAUGUGUUUUGAGGGUGUUUUCGUGGGAGGUGGUUUCGGGGAAACAGUUGCACCCAAGGAAGGAGCCCUCUGCAGACUUAGGCACGUGCAGGGGUGGCAGGUGGGUGUUGAGUGUGGCUGUGAUCAUGCUUACUGGGCAGAGGUAGGGGGACAUCUAGGCUGGAGGGGGGAGCCUUGCUGCAGCCGAAACUGGGAGAGAGAAGCCUCCAUCUCGGGGGGACCCGUCGUCUCCGUCCCCGGUCUUCUGAGGACCUUUGACCUGUUGACCACACUCAGGCCCGGGGAAGCAAAGCCAGGCAGGACGUGGAAUUGGGCACAGGUGAUCGUAUUACCGAGUCCAGUUUAUACUGCUCGCAACACCACAGGCCAGUAAAUCAGGAGCCGAGUUGUUGGGGCAAAGAGUAGCCGCUUUAUUCAGAAAGCCCGCAGAUUGAGCAGGUGGUGCACUCGUGCCCCAAAGAACCAUCUUGCCUGAGUUAAAAUUCAGGCUUCUUUUAUGUUAAAAGGGGAGGAGUAAAGUCAAACAUUUCCCGGUUCAGGUCAGCCUCCAGAGAGGACGUGUUCAUUUCUUCCUCCCUGCGGUCCUUCACAGGUGGGCCUGGUCAGGAUGUUCCGUGUGAGCUAAACAAAGGUAUUUUAGCGAAUGCUCGUUUCCCGGGAGGCAGGGCUCCCAGAGAUGAGUCAUUAUAUGUAAUUGAAGCUUAUAGGUAACAUCCCUUUAGUGAUUAACUUGUAAUAGAAGACAAAGCUGCGUCCCUGCUACAACCUGGUUGGCAGGCGGGAGACGAGAUCUGUGCUGGGGACACUGAGGAAGAGGACAGAGCAGGGCCGAGCGCUCCAGCCGGGCCAAGGGCCCACCACGUGGGGACGGCCAGGUGCGGAGGGAGAGCGGGCUGGCGGUCUUCUCAUGCAAUUUUCCACGUUUAAUAGUAGUUUACGUUCACUUAGAAAAAUCUGAAACAUACAAGAGGGCGAAGGAGCUCAGGAAACGGUCCCUAACGCUGCCGUCUUAUUCUCGGUGUCCACCCACGGGGGCUCGUGUUGCACAGCUUGUGAGGCGGCUGUAUGUUGUGAAUCGUGUGCUCUUCCCUCACAGCGCCUGUGUUAUUAGAAAAGCCUGGGGAAGCUGUUUGCUGGCUGGCAGUGUCUUUUCCCCCAAGCGCAGGCAGUCCCUUGCUGCCGCCUCGGCAGCACCCAGUGCUGUGCUGGACACUCCUGAGCAGGCACCCGGCUGCAGCCUGGCUGUUUCCGCAACACAGACCCCCCGGCAGCGGGAGUGGGGAGUUUUCGGGAGCAUGGGAUUUCUGUUCUUGUUUUUUUCUUUUUCUUUGUGUAUUAAGACCAAUUAUUUUAUAGUUCUGGAGGUCAGGAGUUAAGCCCAGGGUCACUAAGCUAAACUCCAGGUGCGGCAGGGUGGCGUCCCUCCUGUGAGCCCUGGGAGGACCCACUGCUGGACGUUCCCGCCCUAGAGGCGGCCCGCGCGCCGCUCACCGCCCUUCCCCGCCUUCUGGGCCAGCGUGGCCAGUCAGCUCUCUCCCAGGGCGUUGCCCUGACGCUCUCCUCUGCCGCCCUCUCCACGUCGAAGGGCCUUUGUGAGGACGCUGGGCCCACCUGUGUCGUCCAGAACAGCGUCCCGGCUCAAGGUCAGCUGAUAGGGCGUGGGAUUUUUAAGUUCUCAGUGCAUUCAUCGGUGUCUUCUGGAAACGUGGGGCCCCUCUGCCUUUCCUGCAGGAGGGCGCCCCAGCAGCUAGAUCGCCCUGGACUCUCGUUUUCUACGUCCUGCUCCAUCCUGUAGGCAGAACCCAAGGGCGCUGUGUUUCUGUGAAUGCCAGGCAGGCUGCACCCUCCUCCCCACACGCACUCAUGUGGGCCUCCUCUCCCAUGAGCACAGGCCACCCCUUGGGUCACCUCCUCAUGCAUCUGGUCAUCGUUUAAAUCCUCACGUCACCCGAUCCGUCGUAGUCUUCCAUCGCUUUUCUAUGUUUGUUGUUGUUAAAUAUUUAUUUAUUUGGUUGUACCGGGUCUUAGUUGUGGCACAUGGGCUCCUUAGUUGUGACACGCAGGCUCCUUAGUUGUGGCAAGGGAACUCGUCGUUGCGGCAUGCAUGUGGGAUCUAGUUCCCUGACCAGGGAUGGGACCCGGGCCCCCUGCACUGGGAGCGUGGAGUCUUAUCCACUGCACCACCAGAGAAGUCUCUUCUAUCACGUUUCUUAGACCGCUUGCCCCAGCCCGUUCAGCAGGGCAGGUUCCAGAACCUACCACUUUACGUUAGAAACCGGGCCAGACGCCCCCUCCUGUGGCAGCCCCCACUGCUGCCAGCCGCUGGGCUCCCUCUGGGCUGAGACUGGGGAGGUGUCUUCCUGCCCAGUUCCAUCUGCGUGCCCCGCCCCCAGUCUCCUCUGAUCCUUGCGACCACCCCGAAGGCCCCUCCUCCUCACCCGGUCUCCCUCCAGCCCCUCCUCCUGAAUGAAGCCUACUCGAGGUGCCCCUGUGAUGGGCAGAGCCAAACUCUGACACGGGUCUGUCUGACUCGGGAGGCAUCUGUGGAUGUAGGGUCAAGGCCGACAGCGAGGCCCGAUUCUAGGUGCCUCCCUAGCACCUGAAACCAGCAGAGCCUCCGAGGGCAGGUGGCACAUCCGCCUCCCUGUGCUACUCCUGUGGUAAGAGCCCCAAGUCACAGAGCCCUCCCCACCACGUGGCUGACCCCGCCAAGCCUGCAGAAUUAUCCCAGCCGGCCAGGGACAUCCUGCAGCAGGGGCCACCCAAGGGCCCGUGACCCUGCGUGGCGUGAGGGUCAUCUACCCAGUGUAUCUCCGCACGUUGUGCGUUCAGCCACCCCCCGUAGCCCUAGGGCUGGUCGAACAGAAGAUGAUUAAGACGGUGGGCCCCCGGGUGCAGGCUGCCCACCAUGGGAGCUAUGGUACUCGGUGAGGAUGCUCAGAGGUAGGUAGGACACCACACCCCAGAGCUGCUGAGCAAGGCUGAAGCAGGGCCAGGAGAGCACGACUUUGAAGGGACACCACACACUCAGCCAUCAAGACAGGUGAUAGCUUCAUGUUCUACAAAAUGAAGAUGAAUUCAGGGACGUCCCUGGGGGUCCCGUGGGUAAGACUCCACACUCCCAAUGCAGGGGCCCGGGUUCCAUCCCUCCUCAGGGAACUAGACCCCGCGUGCUGCAACUAAAGGUCCUGCAUGCCUCAACGAAAGAUCCCGCGUGCCACGACCGAGACCUGGUGCAGCCAAAUAAGUCAAUAGUUUUUUAAAAAUGAAUGCAAAUUUUGUAAAAUGUUAAAUUUCAGUGUAGAGAUUUUUCACAGCUUUAUGGAGAUUUUCACAUACCAUGGAAUUCACUCCUUGAAGGUACACAGUUCAGUGGUUUCAGUCUAUUCACAGAGCUGUGCCUCCACCAUCACAAAUUUAAACGUUUUCUCACAUUUUCCAAAGACACACACUGUGAGUAGUCAUCCCCCGACUCCUCCUCCCCCCGCCCCGGCAAUCACCAGUCUCCUUUCUGCCUCUGUGGAGCUAUCAGAGCUUGUUUUUUUUGCUGCCGAGUAACAUUUCAUUGUAUGCAUGCAGCACACUUUGUUUAUCCAUUCCUAAGUUGUUGGGACAGUUUGGUUUGUUUGCACUUUUUGGUACUGUGAGUAAUGCCGCUGUGAACAGGCACGUGUGAGGGGGUGUGUGACAGACGUUUUUAUCUCUCUCGGGUGUAAGAUUAUGUUAGAGCUGGAAUUGCUGAUCACAUGGUAACAACAUGUACCCUUGAGAUGACUGUUUUCUAAAGCAGCUGCACCGUUUUGCAUACUCACUAGCAGUGUACAGGGUUCCAAUUUCUCCACGUCUUCCCCAGCACUCAUGAUUGUCUUUUCAUUAUAAUUACGCUAAAGGCUGUGAAGUGUGAUAAAGAGGUGUUAUAGGAUCCAUCUUUCUAAUCAUAAUCAAAUACAUUCAGAAAUAAGACCGAAAGGGCAAACUAUUUUCAAUUGAGAUAUUCUCCUGAAAAGACCUCUGGAUCAAAGAAGGAAUCACUAUUUCACAGCACAUUGACUCUUGCCCGCUGAAUUGGCCAGGCCAAGAAGGGAGUCCCAACCAAAUCAGACUGUGUCUUGCUGUACAAUCUAUUUGCUGGCAUCUAAAAGGGAAAGAGUCUUUGCAGGGGAGAGGGGGAGGGGGGAGAGUACGAUAGAACUUGCUUUUUCUCUAUUGCGAAAUGUGUGUUAGGGCCCUCAGGCCCAAGUCCGUUUGAGGGUGUGGGAGACAAAUUUUGGGGUAAAGGCCAGAAGUCACGAAACCAUGGCAGAGCAAGGCUCGAUGGGGCUCACAGACUCUGCUGCAGGGCCUGCUCACAGGAGUCCUGCUUUCAGGGCUGGGGCGAGGACAGCGUGGCCCUGCGGAGAGGGGACCUCUCGUGCCGGCUCUCCUGGCCAUGCCCGCUUGUCACUGCAGACGUUUACACAGGCAGGGACGGUAUACAGACUUCAAAGACCAAUCCAGAAGAGUGGAACAAAUAAAUCCAAAAUAGAGCUCUCUGCACAGAACACUAAAUAAAAUAGAUUAUACCCUUGAACCUGAGCAAAGAAAUGAGAGAGGUCACUAAGGUACGUAAGUCUAGUCAUGAAAAAGGAGUAAUAUGUACACACUGAAUAGCCUUCUAUCAGAGACAUAAAGAAAUAUAAAUUUAUAUGAGCAACGCCAUGGCCACACAUUUAAAAAUCCAGUGGAAGUGGAUUUUUUAAAACAGAAGCCCAAGGGAUACAGAAAUCUAUCUAGUUAUUUUAUGGAACUGGCUUAAUCUUAUGUGACUACAUAAAACUCUAGUUCCUGUAUAGCAAAGAGAGAGAGAAACAAGAUUAAAAGAGUCUGCACUGAAUCUGUGCCACCCAGUACAGAUAAAAGGUUAAUAUCCCGAAAAGACAAAGAGCACCUUUAAAUUGAUAAGAACAAGGCAAACAUCCAAAGGAAAGUUAGCAAAACACACAAAUGGACAAGUCACGAGGAGGAACAGGCAAUGUCCCUGUCAUUUGAAGCCUAGACACGGGAUUUAAAGUGGCUACAACUUGUGACUCUGCCUGGCAAGGCAGCAGAAAACAACCAAAGCAAGCCUCCUUGCUGGGUGCAGCAGCCUUUGAGAAAGCAAGCUGGGGACAACAGCAACAUUUUAAAAUAGCUGACCCUUUCACCUGGGAACACGACUUCUUGGACUUUGCCUUUUUUUUUUGAAAUACAGUUGAUUUACAAUGUUGUGUUAGUUUCAGGUGUACAGCAAAGUGAUUCAGUUAUACGUAUACAUAUAUUGAUUCUUCAUAUGUUUUCUCAUAUAGGUUAUUACAAAAUGUUGCGUAGAGUUCCCUGUGCUAUACAGUAGGUCCUUGUUGUCUGUCUAAUUUAUAGUAGCAUGUAUCUGUUAACCCCAAACUCCCGGUUUAUGCCUCCCCCACUUUCCCCUUUGGUAACCAUAAGUUUGUUUUCUGCGUCUGUGAGUCUGUGUAUGUUUUGUAUACAAGUUCAUGUAUAUCAUGUCUUUUAAGAUGCCACAUAUAAGCAAUAUCAUAUGAUAUUGUCUCUGGCUUACCUCGCUUAGUAUGAUAUUCUCUAGGUCCACCUAUGUUGCUGCAAAUGACAUUAUUUCAUUCUUUUUAUGGCUGAGUAAUAUUCCAUUGUAUAUAUGUACCACAUCUCUUGUCCAAUCAUCUGUGGAUGGACGUGUAGGUUGCUUCCAUGUGUUGGCUAUUGUAAAUAGUGCUGCGAUGAACAUGGGAGUGUGCGUGUAUCUUUUUAAACCAUAGUUUUUUCUGGGUAUAUGCCCAGGACUGAGAUUGCACACAGCAUGGCCAAAACAAAUAAACAAACCCAUGGAA